AGAGCCCAAGUUGCCUGGGUGACUCGGCAGUCUGGGAGAAAGAAACCAGAUGUCCUGUGUCUCUGCCUUAUUUUCUGACUUCUCCUGGCUCUUUCUCACUACUUGGAUAGUGCUCUGAGACUGUGGGGGAAAGAAACCUAAUUACUGUGGUAAUAAACUGAAAAUGGAGGAAGACAUUGACUUGGAGGAGCCUUGUGGGUCUCUGUCUAAGCCCAAGGAAAAACAUGAUCCAUUAUUUAUUGAGGAAGAUGAAGAUGACUACUUUGAAGAUUGCUUGGAGGAGAUCCAGGCUGCAUUUGCUCUUCCUGGUGUUUCCAUGGCCUAUUCACAAAAAUGUCAGGAAACCUUGCAAGCUGAAUUUAAUGUACUUAUGAGACAGAUGCUGGCACAGCUAGAUGAAUUUGAAACCACCCACGAGACCAAAUCUACUCUACCAUCUUUAUGCACAGAUAGAGAGAACAUUUCAGUAGCUAACUGUUUCAAGAAUAGUGCAGAGUGUGAAGACUGUAUUUCAGACACAGCAGAAUCCAUGGCUGUAGUUGAACAUGAAGGCGGCACAGUAGAAACAGUACCAGAGCUGUCUGCAACCAUGGAGCUAAAGGAGCUGGGGACAACAUUUGAGAGCUGCAUUGAGGAGGUGAGGCGACUAGAGGGCAGGAAAGAGGAGCUGGUGCAGGAGCUUCUGGAGCUAGAGAAACCCAUGGAGGAGGAGACUCGUGCUUUGAGAAGUGAACUGGAGGAGGCCCAGAAGCUCCUGUGUAAAGCUAAGCUGCAGAGACACAAUCUGAUGAAUGAGAUGCGAUUCUUCAAGAGACGCUUGUUUGCUGCUGCCAAGGAAUGUGCACAAAGCCAGAUGACCUUGGUCAUACAGCAGAAAGAAGUGGAGCAGCUAAAGGAAGAACAGGAGGAGAUGAAGGCCUUUGUUGAGAAGUUGAUUGAAGGCAUUGAUCAGCUUCAUUCUGAACACCAAAGCCAAGUGCAGGCUUUACAAAAUCAGAUAGAUAACAUGACCCAGGAAUCCAGCAAGGACAAGACACACUCGUACCUGUCCCAAGGCCGACGUGCUUCCCUCGACCUACAGCAGUACCUGCAGGGUGGAAUCAAAGCGCUGGAGGAGUGGUAUGAGCCCAGACUGGUAGCUUUACUAAAGAGACGACAAAGCAGCACUGAUGCUUUAAUAAAGUACAGGGAGCAGUGCCAAGAUCUGAAAACCCAGUUGGGGCCCCUGAAAGAGGAAGAACAAAGGCUGGGACUAGAGAGGGCCCGUCUGGAAGAGCGCAUCUAUCUGAUGGAGAAGCAGAGAAAGGAAAAUGUGGAGCAAUACCGUGCAACAAUAGACCGCCUUGAGGAGAGCAGCCGAGAACUAAAAACUGAACUUCAGAUACAGAUACAUAAGAUAAAAGAGAUGGAAGAACUCAAGAAUAGUCUGGCCAAGCAGCUAUACUUCUAUAGAGAGAACCUAGAGGGACAACCUCCACAGGACAUCCUACUGAUGGAAGAGAAAACCUGAUCGAUGAAGAAUGUGACCUAAUGCUUCGGUUUGGUAUUAGUGAUAGAAAUUCUUCUUGCUGUUUCUACAGGGAUGGUCUGAUUGUUUAACUCUUAAAUGUAAAUAAUCUCACGUUGCACUGCCAUAACUUUAAUAGCGUAAACAUGCAUGUGGGUGCCCUUUCAUAAAUAUUCCAAAGCAGGCAGAAGUAAAUACGCAACUUAACAGCACCACUCACCCUCUCUGCAAUGUCACAUCAACAAGGAACGUGUGAUGGAAACUACCCAGAUUUCAAUCUGCCCACUCAAACGGCUCAGAACUCUCUAGAAAUACCAGCAGUGUUGACAGGGAUGUGAGUCAGAGUGGAGGAAAUAAAGCUUUUAUACACAACAGUCUGAGUGCUAGUGACUUGUCUUUAUAACCGCAAAUAAGUCGAGACACAAGAGAACAUGGACAUAUUAGGGCAUGAUGGUCGAACGCUAAGAACAUGCUGUCUGAAAGACACUGAACAGGUUUAGAUAAGCCUCAGUAAUAAGACAGCUAAAAUGCUUUAUUUUGAUCAGUGUGAACAUACUUAAAUAAAUCAAAAUGCUUAAGUCAGAAAGGUAUAAUUACUAUGGCUGAAUCAUUUCAAUGAAAAAAAGUUUAUUCUCAAUGUUCUGUACAACAGUGUGGACAUAAAGAAAGACACUGAAAAACACAAAAUGAUUUAGAAUAUUAAAGACAAUAACAUGACAUUAGACCAUUGUUGAGGAAAAGUACAAAAUGAAGAGUACACAAGUCACCAUGUGGACCCUUGAUAACAUUUGCAUGAAUGACCCAUGUAAAAAAUAAAUCUAAAGUCACCUACUGACAUCCACCACAAUUAUGGACUAUGGUAAUUAAGUAUGUGGGCCUAAGCAUCUUUCGAUUUCAAUUUUACAUCCUUUUACCCAAGACAAGCCCUUAGAGAAUGUGAAGGCUAUGGGAUAAACAUUACAAAAAAAAAAAAAAAAAGGAAA